UUGGCUUCUGGAACAAAAAAAAUUUCGUUUGUCAAUAGCUCACGAAUUGGACCAAAAAAAAGUUACAAUUUUUUGUUUUUAUUUUUUUAACUGAGUUGAAUCAUAUCAAAAUGCACUGGGAUAGGGAUUGGCGGAUUAAUCGUCAUUUUUGUGUUUCGGAUCCAUUCUGUCACUACAAAUAUCCACGACGAAUAUAUGAGCAUUUUCAUCCUUUCAUUGAUUUCGAUUGGGAUUUUUCAUCGUCAUGCUAUGUGGAAUGCCAUCGUUGCGACUAUGAAUCUAUUUGGUGUCAUCGUUCCUGUCUUACGGGGACAAUUUAUAUAGAGACCGGAGAUGAAAAGGAUUCAUGCGGCAAGGGUACAUACAAAAUCGUUUUCGAUGCUCAUCAUUUUCGUGGCAAUGAAUUGCAACUAAAAGCGAAAAAUAAUGAUUUCCUUAUUCUUGAGGGUCAGCAGAAAGAUGAUAGAGUCAAUAAAAUUCCAAAUGCUUGCAUAACCAGAUCAUUUGCUCGUAAAUUUAAACUUCCACGAAAUUACGAUGCGGCCCUGGCAAGAGCCACCUUUUCCAAAGAUGGCAUAUUAACAAUAAUAGUGCCAGCACCGCCGCCCCUAGACGAUGUUGAACGUGAGAUCGAAAUAAUGGAAACCGACAGGUAUUAUGGAGCUACGGGCAAUGUAGACAACGACAUUGCCGAGAUGAAGGCAAUUGAAAAUGAGAAAGAACAAGACAAGCAAGAUGAGCAAGAAGAGCAAGAUGAUAAGUGAAAUUAAUUGAAGCGAAUAGAUGAACAUGAAUAUGUCUGCCACCAAUACCGCGUAAAUUAACAUUUUUCCUCCUCAUUAAAAUUGUUAUAAUUGAAGAGUUAUGAAGAAAAGGAACAAAGCUGCUUUUGUAUAUUUCCUCACAACUCCGCACGGCUAGUUAUAAGUACAAGUUGUUAUUUUAGUUCGUUUUAAGGAAAAGCAAGUAAGUCUUCAUUA